AUGCGUUGUUUUGCUAUUUUUGAUUGGGGUGGGAUCAAAUCUGAACCCAGUUAUCGCCACUCAGUUAAGCUCUUCCACAUUGCUAGGAAUUGGAAAAACCUAUUGGCUAAAUGUUUAUCAUCCGCAAAAACAUCAUCAGACCCCGCCGAUAUUAUCUUGAGGUAUUCGACAGACACCAUACAGGGCCGCUACCCUUGGAAACCCAAACCUCGUACGGAUUUGAUAGGAUUAGAGAAUCAGUCGGUUUAUAUCGCUGGGAAUGAAGGAUUGGGUGUUGUUGAGCAGCUGGGCUCAGAGGUCGAUCCUCAUGAUUGGCGUGUAGGGGAUUGGGUCAUCAUGGGAAAACCGCAACUAGGAACUUGGCAAUCGCAUACCAAUCUAAAAGCUACAGAUCUGAUCAAAUUAUCUAGGUCGGAGAAAUUGACCGAAGUACAAGCAGCAACGAUGGCUGUGAAUCUUGCCACAGCCUUCAGACUUAUCAAAGAUUAUUACCACCCUGAAGACCCGCAUUUCAAAGAUGGUUGGAUCAUUCAAAAUGGCGCAAACUCGAGUGUUGGUCAAUUUGUGAUUCAGCUGUGCAAGGCUUGGGGUAUAGGCUGUAUCGGGUUUGUCAGGGAUAGACCCGAAAUUGAAUCCCUCAGAUCUCAUUUAAUUGGACUUGGUCAACCCGAUCGCACCAAGAUCAUUACACACGAAGAGUUUGAAUCUGAUGAAAGCCUGCGUACCCAGCUAAAAUCCCUUAACAUUUGUCUCGGAUUCAACUGCGUGAGCGGCUCAGUGACAAAUCAAAUCAUGAAAGUCUUGCGACCAAAUUCAAGCUUGGUCACUUAUGGAGGGAUGUCAAUGAAACCAAUCACCGUGCCCACCGCUUCGUUGAUAUUCAAGAACCUGCAACUGAAAGGCUUUAUGCUAACUCAAUCCCUUUCAACGCAGCCUGCAUCUGCCAAAGCAGACCUCAUGAACGAUCUCCUUGCCCUGGUGGAGAAAGGACAAGUGUCAGAACAAGCUAAUGCUGAGAUUAUCGAUGUCGAUGGACUUCCCAAAGUACAAGAUGCACUUAUGAAGGCUAUGGGGGGUAAGACUGAUAUGCCUGAAUGCAAGAUCAAACCCAAUGAUCUCAUCACUGCCUUAAUUCAGCGGCCAGCCUACAAAUCCCAAAUCAGAGUUCCUGGAAUACCAGAAGGUUCCAAUGCAUGA